CGGCGACCAUAAGAGAGGCCCUGGAUGAAUGAAUGGUUUUGGACUGGUUAAAGAAAGAAAAAGAAGAAGAAGAGAUAGAUGGAUUUCUGGCCGGAGUUCCUCGCCAGCAGUUGGGGGAGAGAGUUUGUGGCGGGAGGAUUCGGCGGGGCGGUGGGGAUCAUGGCCGGAUACCCCCUCGACACCCUCAGAAUCCGGCAGCAGCAGGCGGGGGCGGGAUCUGCCUUCGCCAUUCUCCGUCAGGUCGUCGCCUCCGACGGCCUCCGGCCACUCUACAGAGGCAUGGCUGCUCCCCUUGCCUCCGUCACCUUCCAGAACGCCAUGGUCUUCCAGAUAUAUGCACUGUUGUCAAGGGCAUUUGACAGGGACGUUCCACCCAGCAGCCCACCCUCCUACAAAGGAGUCGCAUUGGGCGGAAUGGGAACAGGAGCCAUCCAGAGCCUGAUCCUCAGUCCCGUUGAGCUGGUGAAAAUCCGCCUGCAAUUGCAGAAACCCCAUGACAACAUAUCAUCAUCAUCAUCAGUCACAAUUCACAACAAAGGUCCAAUAGACGUCGCCAAGAAAAUAUUCAGACAAGAAGGUUUGAGAGGAAUGUACCGUGGUCUAACCAUCACCGUCCUCAGAGACGCACCAGCUCACGGAUGGUACUUCUGCACGUACGAAUACAUGAGAGAGAAGCUCCACCCGGGAUGCCGGAUCAGCGGUCAAGAGACUGUCAAAACCAUGCUUGUGGCAGGUGGUGUCGCGGGGGUUGCCAGCUGGAUCUGCUGUUACCCCCUUGACGUGAUCAAAACCAGACUUCAGGCUCAGUCCGAGUCUUUGUAUUCUCCUCCAAGAUACAACGGCAUUGUGGACUGCUUCAGAAGGAUUGUGAAAGAAGAGGGACACAUGGUGCUCUGGCGAGGACUUGGAACGGCAGUUACGAGAGCAUUCAUAGUGAAUGGUGCCAUUUUCACAGCUUAUGAGACUGCUCUAAGGUCCAUCUCUAACAACAACACCAACACCAACACCAACACCAACACCAACAAUCAUGCAACAAUCUAUGCAGAAGAUUAGAAUAUCAUCCCUCCAAUGUAUGUUGUCCCUUGUUACAAAAGUAUUUAGAGAUGUAGAAGGCAUAGCUAGAGACAAGAAGUCUUCUUUUGUUCUGAAAGUAGAACUUUCUAAGCAACAAUUGAUGAUGUAUAGCCAAUGUGCUAGGAAUGGA